GGUUUAUCGCUCCUCCCUCGCCGCCUCGCUCGCUCGCACGCCCAGCGACCCACUGCAGCGGCUUGCGGCGAUUAUUUGGCCCGUACUACGCCACAGUUGAAAUCCGCAUUGAUUUUGGCGCAGCUUUUUGUUUGGUUGGCCCGGCGAGUUGCUCUUCAUCCUCCGCCAUCAUCUGCUCGUCCCGGUGGAAUCGAUAGAGGCUGCGCAUCGCUUUUUCGGUGCUCCCGUGGGACCCCGCUCGCUCGUUCGUCGGUGGCCUUUUCUCUCUGACGUGUGUCUUGUAUCGCCGCGAGGAAAACCCGGAAGGAGCGUGCGUAUUUUCUGUGAUAACAUUCGCCGUCGUCGACAGCCGCCGCCGAGUCGCCCCCGCGCCAAGUGUUGUGCCCGGAAAAAGGAUGCGCUUGCCGCCCCUUGGAUUCUGCCGCUAGAGCAUGGCGUCGCAGCGGAGCCGCUGCCUCGUCGUGGUACUGCCUGCCCAGCGGCCUGCAACCGAUGGUGGCGUGCGGCAUACCGGCCAGCUGUAGCCUUCCCCAGCUCUCACGGGACUGCAUGCCUCUGGAUGAAUUCCAUCCAUUCAUUGAGGCCCUCCUGCCUCAUGUGAAGGCCUUCUCGUACACCUGGUUCAACCUCCAGGCGGCCAAGCGCAAGUACUUCAAGAAGCACGAGAAGCGCAUGAGCUUGGACGAGGAGCGCCGCUGCAAGGAAGAGCUUCAGGGUGAGCGGCCGGAGGUAAAACAGAAGUGGGCCUCUCGGUUACUGGGCAAGCUGCGCAAGGACAUCACGCAGGAAUGUCGCGAAGACUUUGUGCUGGGCAUCACGGGCAAGCGGCGGGCCGCCUGCGUGCUUAGCAACCCCGACCAGAAGGGCAAGAUGCGACGCAUCGACUGCCUACGACAGGCCGACAAGGUAUGGCGCCUGGACCUGGUGAUGGUGAUCCUGUUCAAGGCAGUGCCCUUGGAGAGCACUGAUGGUGAGCGGCUGGAAAAGGCCCCCGACUGCCACCACCCCGCCCUGUGCGUCAACCCGUUUCACAUCAACGUGUCCGUCCGAGAGCUCGACCUCUACCUCGCAAACUUCAUCCUCAGUCACGAGGCUCUCAGUGGCUUACGGGAUGCCGUCUGUGAUGGGGAAAAAGAGGACGACGCAGGUGACGCAAGCAGCAUUCUGGCUACCGGCGUAUUCACAUCGGCCGAGCUCUACCGGCUCUCCAAAGCGCGGUGUCUCUCUGAAAUGAAGGAAGAUUUCCUGGAGCGACAAACAAUGGCCUUUGUCUUUGACAGCUCCAGGAGCAGUGGUUCCGUUCUUCAAGCAUCGAACGGAGGCCAGCCAGUCAAACUGGAGCCACCAUACUACGGCUACGCAUCGCCUCCGGAUCCGACCCCGGCCUUGCAGCCGACUUCCGUGGGGGCGGGGCUACUGCGUGCGGCCAGCCCGAGUGAAGGGGCUCCGCCGCGCUGCAAGCGGCUGCGGAGGCUGCCUUCCACCGAGGAGGAUGCAGCCGCUGCCGGAGGAGGAGGCGGACACUUCUACGCCGGCCCCUGGCCCGACGUCGAUCACGGACCACUGAGCUCGCCGCAUGCCAAAAUAAAGAUGGAAGCCUUCGCCCUGGCCCGAGCUGAUCCCAAGCCCACGCACCCAAGAGUGGCAGGUGGUGCGAGCAGUCCCUUAGGAGGGCCUCCCCUAGGCGGGCCUUCGUAUUACCUGCAUCCAGCGGGAAAGUACCAGGAGAACGGUGACACUUUCUCGGACUUCGUCAACCUUGUCUGCCAGGAGGCUCACAACUCCGGCACGCAGGCCAGCCCCGAUGCGGGAGUGCGAGGCAGCCCCUCUAAACUCCCACAGUUCUACUCGAGCUCCAUGCUGCCUCCACCUCCGCCAGCCCCAAUGGCACGGCCCGUCGCCAUCAUUCGGUCCACUGGCCCAAGCAAUCAGCCUCAGCCUCAGAGCAGUCCGCCCAGUGUGGAAGGGGCUCGGCCAGAGGACAGUGGUCCCAAGGAGGACACAGCCAGUCCCGGGGGUGCCUGCAGUGUCGGGAGUGACUCGGUCGUGACUGCCACAGUCCGGACUUCGUCCAGCCCCUUCCUGGCUCGGUCGACAUCUGAGCACACCUUCGGCCACAUUCACUCCCAGGGACAGCUCUUCUCAUACCCGGGCGCAGCGGGGGGCGGUGCCACGCUCUCGUCGACGGUGCUGAGCUCGCCGGGCGCGGGAGGUCUGCUCGCCUCCCCGAGAUCAGCACGAACGACCACGACACCCACGUCUCUGCCGCCGCGCUGGAACCCGCCAUUCAUUGCGCUCGACGAAAACAUGGACUACCAGAUGAUGGCGGGCCUUCUUCCCCCGGCCGGGUCUCAGCCCCCGCCUGACAACUCACUCAUGGGGCCACCCCACGAUGACGAACGUUUCUUCUCGGUGGCCAGUGGAGAAGCCGAAGAGGCGUCCAAGCCGUCCUGAGCCAUUUGCUCAAGGUGUUCCCCAUCUUCCCCAGACCCGGGUGCCAAGGCCAGAAAGACAAGACAUGUGGUUUCUCUUGUGAUAGGCAGAGACUUGAUUGUUGUACCAUAGCCCUUUUUAGACAUACUGCUCUGUAGCUCAUUUUUUCAAAAAAGAGUGACACGAGUAAGGGCCUUUUUUACAAGCUCCACGCUAGAGACAGUUAUAUAUAUAUAUACAACGUUAUAGCAUAUUAUACACACAUAUAUACACAUUAUAUAUAUACUGUGUAUACACAUGCCCGUACAUGCAAACAACACUCGAGAUAGGCAAUGGUUCGUUGCAGGGCAGCAUGUGUAGAAAACUUUGUGCAAGCCUUCCGUUCUUCGUUUGCAUUACUUUUCAGCUUUAGCCAGUUUUAAAGGUUGGCACAAGUCUUCGGAGUCACAACCACAACAACUAUGCCUAUGAAACUUUGCUACAAAUCUAUGCAAACUGAGGGGGCCCCAGCCGUUAGGGCCGAGGCACACCCUGCUCACAUUAAGGCAAUAAUUUAGUUUGGCAAACACAUUGUCACUUGUACAUAGAGCCAGUGGCGCCCAGGAAAAAGUCCCGGUGCGCAUCAUCACGUCUCUCGCCGUUUCGUGUCUCUUUACAGAGGGAUGCGUUUUUUGUUUUUUUCUCAGUUUUUCCUUUUGUUUUACUCUCAGCUGCACACAGACACAAACACACAAACACAUUUGCGCACUUGCGUCUGUAUAUACGGCCAUGUGUACAGCCAGAGCGACAUAAUAUAUAAGUGACACGCUGGGGGCAAAAGGUGGGGCCGGCGAUGACGCCCGGGCCCCGCCAUCCGGCGCCGCUUGUUCAUUUUUUUUUCACCACCGCGCUCUGGCGUCAGAUUAGUUUUGUCAGUGCCUUUUUGCGAAGGGCGGCUUCGUCCUCCGCAGCCGCGCAGUGCCAUUGUUUCGCUUGUUCUCCCCCCCCUACUUUCCCGUUUUCGCCUGCAGAGGGCGCGCUAGUACAAAAUAUCCAGAGGGCGCCCCCUGCCAACCUUCCCCAUUCUCUCCGCCCCCUCCAAGUUGAGUGUGUGUGCCAAUUUCGUUUCUCGCCGUAGCCUUACGCAAGGGGCGCUUGUUGUGCUCUUCUGCUGUUGAUAUACGCUAGAUUAGACGUGCCUUUAAAGAAGAACGCGAGUUUCGACGCUGUAUGCAAACAUCAGCACUCGACGGGCUUUCUGUUUGUGUCUCGGCGCACGCUCGCCACGCUCAUACUUAUGUCAAUGUGCUCGUUUUAAAGAAACAAAAGCCCAAUGCCGUUGUUCUGUCGCCCGCUCUUCAAACUACAGGAAUCUCUGUAGGGUCUGUCAUUGCUGCUGCUGCUGCUGCUUUUUGCAGUUUUUAGUUGUUUUUUCUGUUUGUCCGGGCUUGGUUUUUUUGUUCCCACUGUAGUUGGCCUCACCUGUGUGUGUGGGUGCAGAGGGAAAAUGCACGGGGCUGCAUUGUCUUCUGUGUGGGUUUAUGGAGUACCGUACAUCAAAACGGAUGAGCGCUUGCAUCAGAGCCGUAGCGAAGAAGGGGCAGCCAUUGUUUAUUUUUUUCUUUCACUGAUGCAUCAUGCAUUGGCUUACACAAUGUCUUAUUUCUCUCAGCCAAAAGACCUGCUUUGAUCGUAUGCUUUAAAACUUUUAUCUUUCUGGCUUUUCGUCCUUUCUUAUCUCAGCUUUCAAAAUGAUGCAGCAGUGGAACUGCAGUUCUCUAGUAGCAUGUGCUCUAAUGUUGCAGCAACAUUAACAUAACAUUGUGUCAACGUUGUGGCAACGUUGCAUCAGCGCCUGGUGUUACCAGGUUGGUUGCCUGGUCACCGGCUGCCUUAGUUGGGGCUGCUGUAUAUUUAAUUAAGGGCACCCCGUAUUUUUAUGACUUGAUUGAACUGCACUAGCAUCGCUUGGACAGCUUGUUUAUAGCUGUGUUCUUUUAACUCGCCGACCCCUCGUAGCAUUGGUAGUUCGAGCGAGUGUUAUUUUUCUUCUCGUUCAUCACAACUUGCAGUGCCACAUUCAUUCAUGUCGUGGACAAAAUGUAUCGCAGAACGUUGUACAGGCUUAGUGAUCUCUCAUUUCAUUGUUUUCCUGUAAAAAAAUCUGUUUGUUCGUAUUAUAGUGGCACUGCUACUUACGCAUCUGUCAUGGUCACUUCCUGAUUGAGAACGAAUUAAUUUUUUUUACUUAAUUUAGAUCACUUUUAACGAAGCACUGAUGAUCAUAAUGAGUUGCAUAAGGCUCAAGUUUCUCAACAGCUUUUUGUUUGCAUACUUAAUAUCCAUGAAUUGCUGAUGAAGGGAAGUAGCGGGCUUCACAGACAACUUGCUUGCGUGUAUGCACAUUUAAUUGCAGAUGCUAUUAGAUUAUAUGAUAAUUUUGCAAAAAAAUGCCUUUAGUUAUAUCUGACAAAGCCCUCCGUGCCUGCAGAAGCAUUCUCAUGCUUUUCUGACUGCCAAAUUGACUUCGGCUGCUUUUAUAUUAGGUGCUAGGCUGUUACAGUAGUACCAGUACAGUACCUAUCGUAUCAGUGUUCGGGUGCUACAGCGGCUACUUGUUAUCAGGCUGAUAUCCUGAAACCUGUACAGGGAUGCCACAGAUGGUGCCCUGUAAUUGUGACACCUGAGCGUCAUCUGAAAACCUGUCUAAGCUCAAGUGACGUAGCUUAAAGUCUCUGAGAAUGCAUUCAAUGGAGCAGAACCUCGGAAGCGAUCAAAAUGCAAGCUUUCUUUCGCGAGCACGUAAAUCCCAGCUAGGGAUUCUAUCUUAGAUUGCGGCCAAUCGCUUGCCAGCCGAAGUGUUCAUACAGAGUGCUCGUUGCCAAAGCUGCCCAAGCCAAAACUGUGCAUCAGAUGGGAAGCGCACAAUUAAGCGUCGUGCUGCCAUGCGCGUUUUCGCGUAGACUUCCACGCGGACAGGGAUAUACUUUUCCUCUACCUGCGGCUCUGGUGCAGGUCUGUGUCAUGUUGAAUGUGCAGUACAGUCCACUGCUAGAGGGAAACGGAAAAAAGAACACCUUUAUACGUUUUCAUUAAACUAGAAAGUCCCGCCUUUACUGUGGAAAGAUAUUUGGUAAGCCAGCCGAAGGUGCCAAAAGAUAAACGACAGUGCUGCCUUGAAACUCAUACAAGCUUUCCAAGAUGUCACUGCUUUUGACGGCACCCGCUCAAGGCCUGGUUGAUCGUUUAUCGGUGAAAAUGUGCUGCAUUUUUUUCUAUGCAGGUAAACAUCAAACACGGCAAGAUUGCAAAACUUUCAGCGGGCCAGUGUAAAAAGUACUUCAAAAACCUUGAUGCAACAGUGUUGAGAUUCUUACACACUGUUUUAAAAUUGAACCUUGACAUUCGUUUUCUGAUUUGUCGAUCAACUUACCAUGGCAGCGGUAGUGACAAUAGAGGUUUAAAACGAUGCCUCGCCAGUCUAAACCUAUUUAUUGCCAUUAGUAUCUCUUUAAAGGGAUUGCCAACUAGUAGUACUUGGCUUAUUAGUUCAUCUGAAUUGCAGCUCGAACACAUCGAGCCACACUUCAGUAUAACCAAAAUUGAAACUAUCUUUCUUGGGGGCUUACCUUGAUUUAGGCUCAUGCCGAGGAACCCUACGUGGUUCAUCAAAGUUGACGUGGAGCUCUCAAUUAUGGCACCCAUCACUCCCUGACGUUGCUUUGUUAUGCUAAAAUGCUGUGAAUGAAUCAGUAAGUGAAUCAGUCAAUGAAUCCUUUAAGAGUGGACUGUACUCUACUUGUCUGAGGAACUAGUGUCUGGCUCCAGAUGUCACUGCCGGGGACAUUUAAGACUCUGCCAGCCUGUUAAUCCGUGAGUGUCGUAGGUUCGUUGGUGCGAUGCAGAUCGAGUGAGUCUGUGCUUUGCUUGCCGUGCGAGUGGGUACUUCCAUGCAGUUCGUCUGUGCGUAACGAGGCCCUCAACCCCUUCGUGACGAAAAUUAUGUGACACCGCACAUUCACUGAGCUGCCUUCCGGACUUGAGAGGUGCUUACCUUACUAAAACAUUUAUACGUGCAGUUGUGAAAGAUCGCUGAACAGGUAGUGUCAAUGUGGCCGGUGUUUUCAACAAGAGGACAUGUCUUCAGGAGAUCUUGUUCAUGGCCUAGUUGGGUCUUGCUGUAUGACAUAAUUGGUGCUGACAUGACACGAAAACACGAGAAAGAAAUGCAAACAUUCGCCUGUUGUGUCAUGUCCGGGCUUCUCUCCUGCAUUUCUGUGUAAUUUAAAUGGCUAUUAUGUCACACAGGACUUGUCUUUGUCAGGGCAGCAUCCGGGCAAGAUUGAGGCUUGAGCUUGCUGUCCUGACAAAGAUGGGUCUUCUUGACGAAAUCUCAGCUCCGGUAAUAUUCUGUGUUCAGCAAUUUCUCAUCGCUUCAAACCUCCUCCAUCUUCUGCCUUAGCUUCUGUCUUGUUCGGAUUUCUAUAUGCAGGCGAUUUUAACCACUAGAUGCGUUUGGGGGAAAGAAAGAAACGUGGAUAUUUUGUAAAUUUAUGAGAAUUUUAGUGUGAGCUAUACAAGGAAGGCAAGGAAUCAUUGGAUUCCGUUCAGAUAUGUUUCGGUAGUUGCUGUAACUUCUCAGCGCAUAGCUACAUCUGGCAUACAGGAUGUACAUCUCGGAAUAGAAUACACUCAAACCUCGAUUUAACGAAUUAUCGGUUAUAACGAAGUAGAUGAAGAGUAGUCUUGUCAUAGAUACAGUGUUACAAGUUAGCGUUUAUACCGAAUUUUCGGAUAUAACGACGUUAUUUUCGUGACAGGAUGUGACUUUGUUAUAAUGAGGUUUGAGUGUAUAUUUGAAAACUUCCCUCAGAUCUAAAAACACAAGAAACAUGACAAGAAGGGUUUCGUGCAUUCAAGUUCUUUGCUUAGAACAUUGUGGCUCAGCAUAGCACUGUAUAGUGGCGACGCAGUACAGGUGCGACGUUGAAUAUGUUACGGUUACACUGUUUAACAACACUGGCCCUUUUUAGAGGGGCUGCAAGUUCCACAUUUGCCCUCUAAUAGCAUACCUCUCAAGAUCAUCAGUGCAGCUCAGUGUAAUUUGGGUGUAACAUUGUCAUUUGACCUGAGUGGGGGUGCCUGAGGGUGUCCAGGGACUCCCUUCCAGGCAAUGAAAGCUGCUGUGUUUCUUGUUUAGAAUUCAGACGAUUGCUACAAGUGGUAUUCAAAGGAGUGAAUGGCUGCAUGGCAGCCAUCUUGGACUGUCAGUACAGAGGUGGUACAACUUCGUGCCACGAAUGUGUAAUGGCCACGACGGAAAGGGCGAGUCAGUUGCAUGGACAUAUUUGGCAUUACACAAGUGCUUUAGACUGGUGCCGCUAUACGCAGAAAAUGAGACUUUGUUCGUACGAACCAUCCUGACAGCUUUCAGGGUGGGCUUGGGGCUCAAAUGGUCUGUUCACGAUGCCAGUCAAGCAUGCCGAGAGUGCGUGUGUUCGAAACCCAAGCGACCGUCAUCACGCUGGGCCGUCGAAAGCACGCGUGAUGGUUUCCCCAUAUUGAGUUUUGGCACUCUGGUUUUCUCUAGUUGCUGUGAUAUCUAUGCACACCGACGCUUGUAGCACUAAUGCUCAAUCACAGUAUAUGUGUUCAAAGGCUGCUUCUGGAACUAUGAGGUCGCAUGGACUUGCGUUCUCAUUGAAAUAAGUGAAGUGUACAUUGCCUGUCGCACCAAGAGAAGGCCCUGCUUAGCAGUUCUUUUUUUAGAUGGCUGCACACUUCUAGAUUUGAGUGACCGAACUUCCGUGAAAGCAGUUUGCUAAAAAGAAUAUGUUAUUGCCAUGUAGCAGACAAAUGCAGUAAAGCUGUGAUACAGCAACCACUGAUAUAAGGAGUCAUUGGAUAUAGUGAAAAUAUUUUUUACUCAUGUGCUUAUUAUGAGUGUCAUAUAUAGUGAAAGCCUUGUUUAAGCUGAACACAACUUCAUUACGAGUUUUGGAUGCAUAGCAUACACUGUGCUUGUGCAUUGUUUGCUGCGUGCACUCUCAGCAAGCUCGACUGGUUCUUCUCGUGGUGACUUGGAACGUAGGUUUUUUUAAUUGCAGAAGCAAUUAAGACUCGCAAAGGAGAGGUCGAGACAGCAUGUCCGAUAGCUCGGAUUUUGUAAUGCCCUUGAAGAAGAAUGCUGUGACCUGUCGUGAUGUAGAGACAACAAGGAAAAUCCCAGUGUAAUACCUUGAGGAGGAGUCAUGCUUGCAAGCUGCGACGAGUGUGCACAGUGUAAUGGUGAUCAGACACCAAGGACGUAUUUGGUUAUCAUUUCAUUACGGAUCAAGCGCAGUUUUGCAGUAUAACUUGUAAUAGCGAUGGUCUAGCUUGUAAUAGCGAUGGUCUAUCUUGUCCCUGUCAGGCCUUGUACAUUCAGGAAGGGCAACAAGAAAGUUGUGGAUUUAGUUUUAAUUGUUUGCAAGAACAGGAUGCUUGCACUGACAGACAGUGGUAAAGUUUUUUUACCUGCUGACUCAUCUAGCCAGCUGUAGAGCGACUUCAGUAGCACUGGAUGCUGACAGUUGACCUCGGUGAAUUUCUGGUGUUGAAUGACAUUUGGCGGGUUUGCCACAUUCUGUUGGUUAACUUUCGCCUUAUAUCUUGCUUUAAUAGGGAUCAUCGAACACUCCUAGCUUGGCCGUUGUUCAAUAGUGCCUGUAACUUUAUGUUUAGUGCAACAAAUAUGGGUGUUCUGGUCACCAUAAGCUGCAUGGACUCGCCAUAUAGACGGACAGAAUCGUCUUCAUGGGCAAGUCGGGUUACGCAAUAAAGAAAAUGUUGGUUACGUAGUCAAAUACGUUUUUUGUUGACAAAUUAAGCUUUUAUCAGUUGGUUGGUUCGUGACAGUCGGGCAGAUUCUUGGAAAGGUCUCUCGCUGUUAGGAUGAUCUUGUUUGUUUCUGCAAGCUCGCCACGUACGGGCACGAUUGCAGCUGGAAGCAAUCAAAAGAAACGUUGAGCGCACAGUGUCGACUGCGCGGCAGCCAUGCGUUUUUAUCUGCGAGCGGCUAGCUGCUUGACGGCCCCGUAUGUCCGGUGGUGGAGUUUUUGUUGAGGGUUCUAGUCAAGCAUCCUUGGAACGAGAGAGUGGAAGAGAAAGGGCCGACGGGGCCGGAUCGAGGCACAGCAAAUGCAGGCGCACACCACCACCACCCCGCACGCGGGUCUCUGUUUGUUGAGUUUUGUUUGUUUGCUACCCCCCGACAUGUUCUUUUUUCUUUGUUGUCUUUUUCCAGCAGUUUUUGACUGGAUUUUGUACCUGUUGCUGUUGAGAUAGCCAAUAAAACCUUUUUGCAUCUCCAUGAA